AUGCCUAAUCCCGCAAAGCGGAUGACCGCAAACCCAGCCAAACCCGUUGCAAGGUAUCGUCCAGGAAAACCAGUUGCGGAGCAAGAAUCAUCUGACGAGGAAGAAGAAUCCGUGGAGGAACAGCAACAAACACAACAACGAAAGCCUCAACCAGCGAGACCACAACCUAUAAGACCUCAAGCUGCAGUAGAAGAGGAAAGUGAAGAUGACGACGAAGAGGGAUUUGUGACGGAGCUAGAAGAUGGAGAUGGAGAUGAAGACGCGUCCCCCAAAUCACCACAACAGCCAAUAAAGCACUCAUCCACUGCUUCAAUACCACCGCCCAUCAAGCGAGGAGAAACAAGUGCAGAAUCUGAAGAAGAGGACGAAUCAACAGAAGAGGAAGAAGAGAGUUCGUCCGAAGACGAAGAACCGCAGCGAAAGUUCCAACGUCCGACGUUCAUCAAAAAAUCAGACCGCAAACAAUCAUCCGCAAACACCUCCGCAGACUCUGUAAAUGGGGCCCCUAUGAGCUCUAGCGCCGACCCCGAAAGUGACAGGCAAUCCCGCCGCCUCGCCCAAACAGACCUUAUGAUCAAAGAUAAACUGGAACGCGACGCCCUGGCACGUGCUCAGGGAAAGAAAGCAUGGGAUGAUGACGAUGAAAUCCUACCCGAGUCCAUGGUCGAUGAUACCGACGGCCUGGACCCAGAAGCCGAAUAUGCAGCUUGGAAAGUGCGGGAGUUGAAGCGGUUGAAGCGCGACCGCGAAGCCUUGAUUGCCCGGGAGAAGGAACUCGAAGAGAUUGAGCGGCGUCGCAACCUGACGGCUGAGGAGCGCGAGAAAGAAGACAAAGAGUUCAUCGACAAACAACGGCGGGACCACGAGGAUAACCGGACUGAGGCCCAGUUCCUUGCUCGCUACCACCAUAGUGGCGCGUUCUUUCAAGGCGACGAGACCGCGGACCAUCUCAAGCGGCGGAACAUUAUGGGGGCACGCUUUGAAGACGACGUCCUCGACAAAUCUACAUUGCCGGAGUACAUGCAGCUGCGGGACAUGACAAAACUAGGUAAGAAAGGCAGGACAAGGCACAGAGAUCUCAAGGGCGAAGACACUGGACGAUUCGGCGAGGAUGUGAAGAGGUGGCGUGGCAGUGGUGGUGCUGGCGGCUUUGGGAAUGGCCAGGAUGGCGCUGCUUCGAAUUUUGAUACAAGAGGUCUCGACGAGAGAUUCCUCCCUGAUGACCAAAGGGGAGGGGGCGCAAGUGGACCAACAGGCGCCAAUGCGAGCGCUGUUGCCCCGAGACAAGAUAGGAAUAGGGAUAGAGUCAGAGACAGAGAGAGGGAUUCAUAUCGAGAUAGUGAAUAUGAAAGGAAUCGGGAUCGUGACCGUGAUAGGAGGAAACGAUUCUACUCGCGCUCACGGACUCGGUCGCGGUCUCCGCGCAGACGGAAAACGGAUUGGGAAUCUCGAGAUGAGUAUCAUGCCAGAGAUCGUGAUCGUGAUCGAGAGGGCGAAAGACACCAUGGGGUUAAGUCAUACUGA